AUGUCAAAUGAAAGCGAUCAGCCAAUGCAAGCAGAACUAGGAAAUGAUGGCAAAAUAAGAACUAUGGUUAAUGACAGUAAAACAAACAAAAAAUGGUUCAAAUGUAGCGAAUGCGAUAAGGAAUUCAGUCGUGCAGAUAAUCUGAGGCGCCAUAAGAUGAUACAUACCGAUGAAAAAAAUUACAAAUGUGAGAUAUGCGACAAAGUAUUCAAACGGUUCGACAGAGUGACGGAACAUAAAUUGACGCACACGGAAGAACGACCAUUCGAAUGUAAAAUGUGCAAUAACACUUUCAAACAGCGCCGCCAUGUGGUAAAUCAUAUGAAGACACAUACGGACAAGAAGACACAAAAAUGCAACAUAUGUCAUAAAGUAUUCUAUCGGCUUUCAGAUCUGAAGGCACAUAAUUUGACGCACGGAAACGAACGAAUAUUCAAAUGUCAUAUGUGCAAUAGACCAUUCAGAUGGUCUAACAAUCUGAAGAAACAUAUACUGACACAUGAAAAAAAUUUACUACCAUUCAAAUGUAAAGAAUGUGGUAGAAAUUUCGCUCAGAAAUAUUAUUUGAAUAGACACAUGAAAAUACAUAAAAGUACAAGUGAAAAGCUUUCCUCUACAGUAAGCUCCUUAAUGAUAUCGAUACCAGAUAUCAUUGACACAGAAAUAACAAUAAGGUAA